AUGUCUGAAGGCCUAGAAUUAACCCAACCCAUCAAUCAAUAUCCGUCUUUUGAUGUACCCAAGCUUCCAAAUUUCAAUUUCAACUUUUGUGACAUGCUUGGCGAUGGCCCAAUUGAUAGUGAUCAAGCGAUGGAUUCCGGCUCCAAGAGACCCAUGGCGGAAUCCUCCAAAGAGGUCGAAAACUCCAAAAAGAAAGCUCGAACUUUGGAGGAACGGUUGGCGCAAUUGAGCAUUCCAGACGGCGCUAGUGAUAAGAAGGUUGAUGUCGAACUUUACGAAGAUGUAGAAGAACAAGGACUACUCAAUGCAAGAGGACUGGUAAAAGUUAUAUCUCAUCUCGAACAAGCCAUGAUUGAUAUCCAGAAGCUGAAGUCCAAGGUCGAAGAUCUGGAGGUUGAAUCAAUGGAUAUGCAAGAAGAUUUGAGUUCAGCACAUCACAUGAUCAGGGCACACGAGCGAGUAAUUCGACGGUUUGUAGGAGCUAAUAAUGUUGAUUUUCUUCAAGAAUAUGAUUACAACUCAAGUGAUGAUCAUUCUGAUCAUGAAGAUCAUAAAGCUCAACCACAAACAGACUCCGUGUCUGAGUGA